CACAAAAAUAAUAAAUUUUAAUUUGUUUGAUAUUGAUUUUCAAUUAUUACUUUUGUUUUCAUAAAAAUUAUCAAGCAAUAUCCAUUACCCAACAAAUUUACAGCCUACCUAACAUUUUAUUUUUAUUCUUGUUUCAUUAAAAUUUUACUUAAAUAUUAUAUUUUAAACUUCGGAUAAUAUCAAGUUGCCAAGUAAGUAAUUUCAGCUUAAUUAUUUCAUACCUAAUUGCUUAUUUUCGUUUUUCAUUUUAAACAUGGUUUUUUAAAAAUAAAAUUACUUCUUUUAUUUUUGUAUCUAUAUAAUUUAUUUAAAUUAUUACUAGGUAAUGAAAAUUGUAUCAUGUUUUACUAUAAAGUAUUUUUGAUACUCGAUCUAAACUUUAGAUUUUGACGACUUCUGAUACAAUCAAAAAUCCUGAAUAUUCAUUAUAUAAGAGAACUUUAUUUGACUGUUUAACUUGAAUUUUAUUACUUACAAUACAUUUUUUUUUUCUUCAGAAAUGUCUACCAAUCAAGAAUCAAUGCAAGUAUGUUCAUUACCUUUACCACCAAUACAAUACUUCCAAAAUUAUACCGAUGAAAACAUAAGACGAGGCCGAGCUCCUAAACCACCACCAAUAAUUCAAGAAACAUAUACAAUGUUUGGAAACCCAUACAACGCUGAAGACAGUAUAAUAAGACCACUAGAAACUCAGGUUUGUUUGUUUAUACUAAAAAUUAUUUAUUGCUUUUAGUUAUGAGGAUAAAACUAAGUUAUAAAACCUAUGCUUAUUUUUGUUAUAACAUAAGUUAAUUUUAUGAAAAAUCUAAUUAAAUAUAAUAUGUUUUUAGGGUUUUAAACGUCUUUAUCCCCAGCACUUUGAUAGACGACGUGAAUUACGGAAACUCAAUCAUUCAUUGUUGGUUAACUUUCUCGACUUGCUAGACUUGUUAAUUCAGUGCCCGGAUUCUCCUAGACGAGCUGAAAAAGUUGAUGACAUAAGUUUACUAUUCAUACACAUACACCAUUUAUUAAACGAAUUUCGUCCCCAUCAAGCUCGAGAAACAGUUCGUGUCAUGCUUGAUUUGCAAAGAAGACAACGAAAUGAAACAACUAUUAGAUUGCAAAAACAUAUUGACAAAGUAAAAUAAUUAAUCCAUAUAGUUAAUAAUAUAUUCUUAUGAAUAAUAAUAUUUUACAGGUGAGUGACAUUUUACAACAAACAUUAGAAAACUUGCCAGACACAGAGCUCGAUUCUAAAUUGAUGAUAGAUACAUCUAAAAGUAAUCAAUUGGAAAAGAAAAAUUCAGAUGAACCUAAAGUUGACAAAUGUGUACCUAAAGAUAAACUAAUGUGUCACCUUAUCGAUACAAUGAAUACAAAUUAAAUAUUUUGAAUUGGUAUUUGAAGUAUUAUUAGAUUUUGUUAUGUUUACCUACAAGUUUGGUCUAUGGUUUUAUACUUGUAUAUUAUUUAAAAAUUUCAUCUUUUUUUAAAUUUUGUAUAGUUCAUUUAAACUUUGACGCAACAAAUAUUUAUAUAUGCAUUACCGUUAUAUUUUUAGCUAUUAAAAUUUGAAUAUUUUAUUUAAUUAUUUAAGUUUUUUUUUUUUUUGAUCUGUUUCUUUAUUAUCUAGC